CUCUACUUUUUUUCCCCUACAUUUUUGAAAUCCAACGCAUCAAAGCAUCAUCAGCAUCACAAAUCUCUCUCCGCCCAUCUCUUCUCCCUCUCAUCAUCUUUAUAUAUAUAGGUUUGGCUUUCCUUUCCUCUCCCAUUUCUUAAUUGAAAUCCACCGGAAUUGGAGGAAACAAAGAAAUCAUAGAGAGAGAGAGAAAAAAAUACGACAAAAUCAUAAAAACAAGUAUAUUAAAGAAAGAAGAAGAAGAAAGGUUUCUUUCUCUUCUCGAUGCCAACUCUCAGAUCUUAACUUUAGAAGAGAGGAUCCGAAGCUCCUUAGAUCUUGCUAAAGGUAACCUCAAUCCGAUCUUAUCUGCGACGUUAUCCUGUUAAUUUAUCUCCUUUUGUUGAUCAGAGAAGGAUCUGAGAUUCCUUGUUUGAUUUCUAAGAGGAUGAUGGAGUCAGAUCUUGGCAAGCUCUUCAUCGGCGGGAUUUCAUGGGACACGACCGAGGAUCGCCUCCGCGAGUACUUCCAGGGCUUUGGAGAAGUUGUGGAGGCUGUGAUCAUGAAGGAUCGGACCACGGGCCGUGCCCGUGGCUUUGGAUUCAUCGUCUUUGCUGAUCCUGCUGCUGCUGAGAGAGUGGUCAUGGAGAAGCAUUUGAUCGAUGGCCGGAUGGUGGAAGCUAAGAAGGCUGUUCCGAGAGAUGAUCAAACUAUCAUCAACAGGAGCAGCAACAGCAGCAUUCAUGGAUCUCCCGGUCCAACCCGCACAAAAAAGAUCUUUGUCGGAGGCCUGGCUUCUACUGUUACCGAUACUGACUUCAGGCAGUACUUUGAGCAGUUUGGGGCUAUCACCGAUGUAGUUGUCAUGUACGAUCACAACACACAGAGGCCAAGAGGAUUCGGUUUCAUCACUUACGAAUCUGAGGAUUCUGUGGACAAAGUUUUAAUAAAAAACUUCCAUGAGCUUAAUGGUAAGAUGGUGGAGGUUAAGAAAGCUGUACCCAAAGAGCUCUCCCCUGGUCCAAACAUUCGGUCGCCUAUUGGAGGAUAUAGCUAUGGAAUGAAUAGAAUGAAUAGCUUUCUCAAUGGUUAUAAUCAGGGAUUCAAUCCAAGUUCAAUUGGUGGUUAUGGAAUGAGGAUGGAUGGUAGAAUUGGACCUCUAACUAGUGGGCGAACCGGGUUUCCUUCCUUUAGUCCUGGUUAUGGAAUUGGAAUGAAUUUUGAGACUGGGAUGAGCCCGAGUUAUGGAGGCAGCUCAAAUUUCAACAGUAGCCUUGGUUAUGGACGGGCUUUGAGCCCUUAUUACAGUGGAAAUUCCAAUAGAUUCAGCAGUCCUAUUGGUUAUAGUGGGGGUAGUGGCAGCCCUGGGUCAGUUUUUAGUUCACCGGCUCGUAAUUUAUGGGGAAAUGGGGGGUUGAACUAUACUACAAACAAUGCAAGUUCUAAUUCAUACUUAGCCUCUGGAAGUGGCAACCUUGGAGGAUUUGGUAACAGUGGACUUAACUGGGGAGGUUCCUCUUCUCCUGUUUCUGCUCCUGUUGCUGGAACAGGAACAGGCUAUUCUAGCUCUAGCAUCGGUUAUGGAACUGGAGAGAAUAGCUUCAGUUUGGGUGCCAGCAAUUAUGGCAGGAGCAGUGGAGCUGGAGUUUCUGCUAAUAUUUCUUUGAGUGCAUUGAGCAAUGGAUAUGAAGGAAAUUAUUCGGAGUCUUAUGGAAGCAGUUCGAUCUAUGGUGAUCCAACUUGGCGCUCUGCAUCGUCUGAUCUUGAUGGAUCUGGCCCGUUUGGUUAUGGGCUUGGCAAUGCAGCUUCUGAUGUCUCAGCCAAGGCAUCAGCUGGUUAUGUUGGAGGUUAUAGUGUUACCAAUAGGCAGUCAAAUGGAGGAAUUGCUGCCUAAGAAGGAAGUCAUUCUGUCAAUAUCUUAUACAGGUGAAGAAUCCAGUGAAACAAGGUGCACGACUGUGAGUUUCAUAUAUCUCGUGAAUAUAUAUGGGUUAGUAAAUAAUCUAGAGCUAACCGGAGAGUUGAUUCAAGAAAAAUUCAAAAUUCAGAAAUUCAAAUAUAAUAGGAUUUUGUGUAAGGUUUGAGAUUUGGUUUAAUUUCCCCACAUCGAGUUUAGAUUUGGUACUUUGAGUUGUGAUUUAGAUGUAAAAGCAAACUGCGGAACUAUAUUCAGAAGAGUGUUCAGAUUGUGCCGGCAAUGAGCCAAACAGACUUCUACUAUUUUUCCCCCUCUUUUCUUCCCUUUUUUUCCUACAAAAAAUUGCUGUAAUAUCUGGCAUUAUUGUUUCAGCCUACUGUCAGGUAUGUAUGUUCCUUUUCUUUUGUUCUAAAUUUUACAUCAGAUGUAUUGGAGACAUUGAUUUACUAGUGUGAAAUUGUUGGGAGGCCAUCUUGGUCCCCAAGAAUAAGGUCAUAUUAAAUAUUCCUGUUUACUUC